AUGGCUGAAGUCGAUGAACGAGGCGUUGCCUCGAUACCAGACUUGAAACUGUCUGUCGAGGAGCAAGAUGUGAACAAUCCUCAAAACUGGUCCCUCUCCGCUAAGCUAUCUACCUACCUCACCAUCUGCUCUUUCACUUUCUUGGCCAACGUCAAUUCCAGCAACUUUGCAGUUGCGACCCAGGCUGUCAUCAAAGAGUUUCAUGUCACCCAAACCCAGGCUGGUCAACUGGUCUGUUUCAAUGUCUUCAUGUUCGGCGUGGGAAACAUCUUUUGGGUUCCGCUCAUGCGGGUGAUUGGAAAGCGCCCCGUUUAUCUCCUGGCAAUGCUAGGACUUUCCAUGAUGAAUGUCUGGUCAAGCCAAGCUACCAGUUAUGGUGAGCUGCUUGCGGCUCGUAUCUGCUCUGGCUUUCCAGCCGCCGCAGCCGAUGCCACAGUACCCGCCGUGGUCGCGGAUAUGGUCCCUGCGAAGGAUCGCGGUCAUUACAUGAUGAUUUUCCAUUUGGAUUUGACUGGUGGACUAUUCGUGGGGCCUUUGAUCAAUGCGUAUCUAAUCCAGGAAGAGAAUUGGCGCUGGAUGUGCUAUUUUCUGGCAGUUGCUGUUGGCGUUGUCUUUGUGGUAGCCAUUUUCACCAUUCGAGAAACCUCGUACAUCAAAAGACACAACACGGAGCCCUCGCGCAAGCGAUCUCACUGGGAGUGGAUGUCUUUGACCCUUGGCUUCAACCGGGAUGCCUCCUUCCUCCGGGCACUUUUGGACAUCCUGGGCAACGCGACCUAUCCUCCUCUGAUUUGGUGCUCACUGACCAUUGGAAUUUCGGUUGGGUGGAAUAUUGUCGUCCAAUUGACUUCCACCCGCACAUUCACUAAGCCCCCUUACAAUUGGAGCUCCGGGGAUAUCGGAUUACUCUCUUUGUCCGGUUUCAUCAGGUGUUUAUUCGCCUUCUAUCUUGGUGGCCGAUUGAUUGACAUUAUAUCAAGUCGAAGUACGGCCCGACACGGCGGUCCUCGGCUACCUGAAUACCGACUCCCUGCUAUAAUUAUUCCAGGCACCAUCGGUCCCGCGGGGAUCUUGAUAUUUGGACUUUGUGUGGCACACAAAACACAUUGGAUUGGUCCUGCCUUUGGCUAUGCUAUGCAAGCCUUCGGUGUGGCCGCUAUAUCCAACGUCGCAGUGACAUACUCAUUGGAGAUGUAUAAGCCGGUUACGGGUGAGGCGCUUGUGAGCAUUUUCGUCAUCCGGAAUACCAUCGGCAUGCUUCUAUCCCUAUACGCAGCGAACUGGAUUGAGCGACAAGGCACGGCCCCCGUGUUUGGUGAAAUGACUGCAAUCCAGGUAGUCAGCCUCCUGUUCGCCAUCCCUUUGUAUUUCUGUGGAAAGUCUCUGCGGGCAUUUACCUCGAGCUAUGGCCCCAUGAAGCGAUUCCAGGACAUGUAA